UAAGCACUAACUAUUUGCCUAAGUGAUUCAAAUUCGAACCUGGUAUUAACAAUUUUAUUUAUGCUAAAAGAUGUCAAUGUCAAUACAUAUUUUAAUUCAUGAUUAAACACAAAAAGCUGGGCUCUUAAUAUACAAAUUAUAAUGGAUUGUAAACGAAAAUGCCAAAUGUUCGUUUCGAACUAAACUACAUGCAUACAGCCACCUUGUGGCUAUGUGCAAUUACCAUAUGACUAUCGGUAAAGAACGAAUUGCGUCCGUUCUAUGCAUGAUUAUAUUCAGGUGUCGUCAUAUAAUCAAUAUCACUAAUGCACGAUAUAUAUUAUCUUGAUUCAGAAUCGGGAACGGAUGUUAUCGGAGUAUUCGUUAAGGACAGAUUAAAUAGAUCGUAUUAUACACAUAAAGUCGCUUUACUAUAUGGUUAUAAAUUAACCGUACACGACAUAUAAUGGAUAUUGAUUCAGAGCGAAAAACUAACAAUGUUUGGCAUAACUUUGUAAAACAAAUUAGUGUAUAGAAGUGUUAUUAUUCGUUUCUUUUUCACAUUUCAUUUAUACAUGUUACACUAUACAUGUAUUUGUCAUUUAUAUGAAACUAUUUAAAUAAUUUUCAAACAAGGAGACACGUAUGUCGGAAGUGUGACGUCAUUGAAUCUUUGGGACGUAAGUUUCAAUGAUUCUGAAAUACUUACUUUGCCAAGAUGCGUGAACGAUCAACGAGGUAAUAUGAUUGCUUGGAGACAGUUUCAGAAGCUGCGUCCAAAUGCGAUGAUAUUGACAACUGUGCAAGCACUCCUUGCGAGAAUGAAGGCACAUGCCUAGAUGGGAAAGACAUGUUUAAAUGCUCUAGCAAGAAGGCUUACACGGGAGACAUGUGCGACGUGAAUAUCGACGAUUGCGUUGGGCACUCAUGCCAAAAUGGCGCUACGUGCAUAGAUGGAGAAGAAUCGUACACUUGUGUAUGCAGUUUUGAAUUCACUGGAGCGUUUUGCGAGACAAUUAUAGUUGAUGGCGGUUGGACUUCCUUGGGUAUUUGGGGACCGUGCUCAGUCACGUGCGACUCUGGACAUCAGGUCCGUGUUCGGGAGUGCUCCGACCCGGAACCAAAGAACGGCGGGGCGAAUUGUACAGGGGACGCAACGGAUUUGCAGAUUUGCCAAUUAACGGACGCAUGUGUGUACGAGUGCGACAAGGAUCCACCAAAUCCUGAACGCGGGUCCAUAAACUGCUCUUGGGUGAUGGGAACCAUUCGACAGUGCUACCCUUUCUGUGACGACGGAUAUGCUUUUGACUCGGACCUGUUUCUAGAUAACAUAAUGUGCGGCCCGGACACCGGGUAUGUGUGGAACAUUCGCAGCGACGAGAACCCAGACUCAAAGAUCGGUACCUGCACCGAGAUCAAACUCGCCGAAGGCAAUACAAUGAAAUACGCGGGUACAUACGAAGACCUCACACCAGACGUGGCAGCAAUUUCCCAUACCAAUGUUCAGGCGGUCAUAAGGUCCACAGUUCAGACUCAAUUAGAUGAGUUACAGUGCGUCCAGAACGGAAGCUGUAGUGUUUCUUCGCUGAAGGUGACAAAUACAGCGACGACCAGUAGACAUACACGGAGUAAUACUCCACAUGUUGGAUUUCUUGUUGAAUUGUCAUGUACACCAUCUAAAGAUCCCAGCUGGUGCUAUGAUAUCCUUGAGGAGACUUACUACACGCUGCAGCGUCGCGUCAACGAGACCCGGUUUUCUAUUAAGGUGGACGAAACACUUUAUGAUAUCGGACCGAACGGGACUCAGGUAGAGGGCGAGGUUGAUUGUCCGCCAGGAACCGUAGAAAUGGACUACUUCUGUGUACAAUGCGGCCCAGGCAGUUACCCGGUAGACUAUUUCUGUGAACGCUGUCCACGUGGUACCUACAAAGAGGACUUUACGAGCCCAGAAUGUACACCAUGUCCAUCGGGCUUGACUACAGAAGGACUUCAAAGCAUACAUCCUUCUAUGUGUAAUGUUUUAACCACAACGUCAGCUGAGAGUGUUAACAAGUUAGACGGUAACAGAGCCGAUUCAAACACAUUAACGAUUGCCAUCUCAGCGGUUGUUUCUGCGGUUGCUGCUAUUGGUGUCGUUGUUGCAAUGCGGUGCUACAAGAAAACAAGAAAACACUCGCGGACUGCGCCGAAACAUAGUUGGGCGAGUAUGAACAUGGUCUAUCCAAAUUUAUCUGCAUCGAUAGAGAAGUUCAACAUCAUUCCUCGGAAAGCAGAACAGGCGAAAAUCCGCUAUAUCCGAGAUGAUUUGUUCGUUUGCAAUGCUCCUCCACCCGUAACUGAAUUUCCAAGGAAAUGUGAUAGCAUGCGUUGAUACAAUAACAGCGACGAUACAAUACAAUCACUAUCCAUUGCAACGCUUUUGCUGACUUUUUUAAAAUCUAUUUUAUUAUGGUUUGUCAUCGCUGUUUCCUAAAUUAUUAGUCGUCCAUACUAUGAGAACAUCACGUUCAUUACAGAAAGUGCGCAAAUAAACACAAACUGAAUAUCGACGAUUUAAGUGAAGACAUAUUGUAAGCUUUUACCACCCUUGCUAACCCCAGACCAAAGGUAGUAUUUUGCGUGGACUGGUAAAUAGUAAAGGUUUGCAGUAAAUCCGAUAUCUUGAAGAUAUAUAUUUUAUUAAAUAAAUGAAAAAAAGGUAAAAUCAUAGUUCAAACACAAUUGUCAGACUUGAAAUGUGAGCUUUAUCCUUGUUAUAUGUAACCAUGUAGAUAGAUGUGAAUAUUAUAAAUUUGUCCGUUGCAUUUAUGUUGAUAUAUAUGUGAUAGACAUAUGCGUGUUACUAAAUUCCUCUGAUGUUACCAUAUUUCAAUUGCUCAAAGGAUAAAGUGUAUAAUAUGUGUGUAUGUGUGCUGAUGCUCAUAUUAGUAAAUGGUGUUCAUUUGA